AUGAACACUGUUAUGAUUGCUCUCCUUGGAUUGUGUGUAGCACUCGUGGCUCAUGGAAGUCCGAUUUCACAGUUUUUGAAAUGGUCACCUAGGGCUACAGAGCUCGACACACUCAAUGGUGAUAAUACUGAAUCUGGUGUUACGUCGAUGUUUUCAGGUGGACUGUCACUCUUUAGUGAUAUGUUCCAUCGACUUGGUGGCUAUCCAGACGACAUAUACUACUAUCAAGCUAUUCAGAUCCAAGUAAAGACAUCUGGUACAUACACUUUCACAAGUGACAGUUACCUCGACACAAUUGGUUAUCUUUAUGAAAACUCAUUUGAUUUAACCAACCUGGAAGAAAACUUAAUGGUGCAAGAUGAUAAUAGUGGUGGUAGCAAUUUACAAUUUCGUUUCGAAACGACCCUUGAAGCUGAACGUACAUAUAUAUUAGUUGUAACAACGAAUGUUUAUGGAAGAACAGGAAGAUUUUCAGUGUCAGCUCAUGGUCCAGACUCCAUUACAUUUUUACCAACCGUUUCAGAACUAUUCGAAAAUCUGGGUUGA